AUGGAGGGCGGAGCCCCGGCCUGGGGCUCCAGCGCCCCCGUGGGCCUAGUGCACAGCUGGGGGCUCCCCCGAUGGGCCCGGGGCUCCUGUCUGUGCACGGCGAGCCAGUCGCCCGCCCCGGAGUGGGCCGGGGUGGGGGGCAUUCUGGAGGCCAGCGAGGACCAGCCCGAGGGAUUUCUGCCAGGCACACAGCAGGAAGGUCCUGGGCAGCAGCGGGGCCGGCAGAGCUCCCGGCCCCCCGCUCCCAGUCCCCCAGCUCCCAGUCCCCCGGGCCGGCCCCCCAAGUCCCAGUCCCCCAGCUCCCGGCCCCCGGCUCCCAGUCCCCCGGCCUGGCCCCCCAACUCCCAGUCCCCCGGCCCAGCCCCCUACGUCCCAUCCCCCGGCCCAGCCCUCUACGUCCCAGUCCCCCAGCUCCCAGCCCCCCAGCUCCCAGUCCCCCGGGCCGGCCCCCCCCAGUCCCAGUCCCCCAGCUCCCGGCCCCCGGCUCCCAGUCCCCCGGCCUGGCCCCCCAACUCCCAGCCCCCCGGCCCCGCCCCCUACGUCCCAGUCCCCCAGCUCCCAGCCCCCCAGCUCCCAGUCCCCCGGGCCGGCCCCCCAAGUCCCAGUCCCCCAGCUCCUGGCCCCCGGCCCUCAGUCCCCCGGCCUGGCCCCCCACCCCCAGCCCCCCCCCCCAGGCUCCCAGUCCCCCGGCCCAGCCCCCUACAUCCCACUCCCCCAGCUCCCGGCCCCCGGCUCCCAGUCCCCCAGCUCCUGGCCCCCCAGCUCCCAGUCCCCCGGGCCGGCCCCCCAAGUCCCAGUCCCCCAGCUCCUGGCCCCCGGCCCUCAGUCCCCCGGCCUGGCCCCCCAACUCCCAGCACCCCCCUAUCCCACUCCCCCAGCUCCCGGCCCCCGGCUCCCAGCCCCCCCAUCUCCCAGCCCCCCGCUCCCAGUCCCUCAGGCCGGCCCCCCAACUCCCAGUCCCCCGGCCCAGCCCUCUACGUCCCAGUCCCCCAGCUCCCGGCUCCCGGCUCCCAGCCCCCCAUCUCCCAGCCCCCCGCUCCCAGUCCCCCAGGCCGGCCCCCCAACUCCCAGUCCCCCGGCCCAGCCCUCUACGUCCCAGUCCCCCAGCUCCCGGCUCCCGGCUCCCAGUCCCCCAGCUCCCAGCCCCCCAGCUCCCAGUCCCCCGGGCCGGCCCCCCCAGUCCCAGUCCCCCAGCUCCCGGCCCCCGGCUCCCAGUCCCCCGGCCUGGCCCCCCAACUCCCAGUCCCCCGGCCCAGCCCCCUACGUCCCAGUCCCCCAGCUCCCAGCCCCCCAGCUCCCAGUCCCCCGGGCCGGCCCCCCAAGUCCCAGUCCCCCAUCUCCCGGCCCCCCGCUCCCAGUCCCCCAGGCCGGCCCCCCAACUCCCAGUCCCCCAGCUCCCGGCCCUCGGCUCCCAGUCCCCCAGCUCCCGGCCCCCCAGCUCCCAGUCCCCCAGGCCGGCCCCCCAACUCCCAGUUCCCCAGCUCCCGGCCCCCGGCUCCCAGUCCCCCGGGCCAGCCCCCCAAGUCCCAGUCCCCCGGCUCCUCUGCCCCUGGCUUCCAGCACCCCCUACUCCCAGAAAAGCUACUCAUUAGAACCAAACAGAAGCUUUCUUUCGGGAGAAACAAGCAGAUGCGGGGGACUGGCUACCGCCAGCGGAGCCGGCCGAAUUCCUCCGCGGGUCUGGGGUCUCCACUGACGCCCCAGUCCCCGCUGAUGCCCCCGGUCCCCACUGACGCCCCUGCUGGCCUGACCCGGCCAAUGGACCUGCGCUCAGAUUUCGUGGGUCUCGCCGCCCGUCAGGGGCAGGUCCCUGACCUGGUGGGGGAUGUGCUCGCCACUCAGUGCCGGCUGCCCACAGGCUCGAUGCCACCCCCACUCCUGGCUGGGAACCCGGUUCCGCCCUGGGACAGCGAGCUCGGAGGCCCCCGUGCCAAGGGGCCCAGCUCCAGCCCAGACGGCACACGCUCCUGCAGGCAGACCGCUGUCCUGUCCCCCUCCCCAGGGACCUGCCCCCGGCAUCACGGGCGAGACCCACGAAAUCCAGGCAAGCAGCUAAAAAUGAGCACGUGCUUCCGCUUUUCCGUGGUCCUUCCCGCCGUGGUCCUGACUCGUCAUCCCCGAGGCCCUCGCCAGGUGCAGGAAGAGCCGAGCAAUCAGUGGGAGAACAGUGAAGGCGGGAGCCCGCCACUGGCGAGGGGGGCCCCCAGAGCCGAGGAGGGGCGGAAGGUUCUGGGGACCUCAUCCCCAGCUGCAAGUGCCAUCGAGGGUUCACCGACAGCAGGACCCGGCACGGCCUCUCUGGGUGGUCCCCACAGCCAAGGCAAGGGGCACACGGCCCCCGAAACUUCCGGCUUCUCUCGACACGGCGCAGCUUUCUGGAGGAGACCCCUCCGGCGCCCACAGCUCGCAGCACCGCUGGAGUUUCCAGACUGUCGUGUCCCCAGCCUGUCCUUCCGCCUGCUGCGGUCACCUGGGCCGGUGCUGCUGCCGUGCAAGGGUGGUCGCGCCUAG